AUGGAUAAUCAGUACUACUACAAAUUAAUGGCGAGUUACCUUUCGAAACGUAAUUGCGACGAGUCUUUUAUGCGAUACUUUUUUGGAAAAAAUUCAACCAAAAAGUCGCCAGAGGAGUUGGAACGUGCCGACGAGCGUAAACGUCGCCUACAACGAGAGCGAUCUCGGCGCUAUCGAGCCUUAAAGAAUGCCCGUCGGCAGCACGAGGGUGGCCGUGACGGUUCUGAAGAAGCGCGCGCUAAGCCGCGACCAGCGCCCGAGGACGACCUCAGCGACGCUGACGAGCCCCCCACGCUCUGCGACUUAACCUAUGACGACAAGUGGCGAGAACCCGGUGCCUCUUCAGAUUGUGCUUCUGAUGACAAUUCAGCGCAUUCUUCCUCGGAACUGAAGGAAGCAGCUCUCUCUGGUAACGUGUCCCUUAACCUUAAAGAGUUUCUUAGCUCUCCUAAUGCAGAGCUAGAUUAUCCGACUGUUCAUAGCCUUAUGUUCCAUUGGCUGCAGACG